AUGCACGCACACCUCCCCAAGCAGCACAGCUGUGGCAGGGGGUCCGAGGGGUCGGAUGCCGGCAGGAAUGUGCCUCCGGUAGCAAGGGAUGCUCACUGUGUCUGCCGUUGGCAUCAGCAUCCUCCAGGGCUCCAGUGUAGCUCUCAGGCGCUUCCCUCCUGGGGACCUGGGGGUGCCAACCAGAGCAGGAGCAAGUUUGUCCCUUUGUGGGACACUGUGCGGAAGAGCCCCCAUAAAUCCCCAUCCAAGCCACAGGGCUGCCAGGGGCAGCGGUGGUCAGAGUGCUCCUGUGCCCACGGCUGGUCCCCCCCGGUACAGGCAAGCCCUGCCCCUAUAAUUGUCAACACAGACACCUUGGACACAAUCCCUUAUGUCAAUGGAACAGAAAUUGAAUAUGAAUUUGAAGAAAUUACUUUGGAGAGGGGGAAUUCCGGCCUGGGGUUCAGUAUUGCUGGAGGAACAGAUAACCCACACAUUGGGGAUGAUCCUGGGAUAUUCAUUACUAAGAUUAUACCAGGAGGAGCUGCAGCAGAGGAUGGAAGACUCAGGGUCAACGAUUGUAUCUUGCGAGUGAAUGAGGUCGACGUGUCAGAAGUCUCACACAGCAAAGCCGUGGAGGCCCUAAAAGAGGCUGGCUCUAUAGUACGACUGUACGUUCGUCGAAGGAGGCCUAUUCUGGAGACCGUGGUAGAGAUCAAGUUGUUCAAAGGACCUAAAGGUCUAGGAUUCAGUAUUGCAGGAGGGGUUGGAAACCAACACAUCCCUGGGGACAACAGCAUUUAUGUUACCAAGAUUAUUGAUGGGGGAGCUGCGCAAAAGGAUGGGAGAUUGCAGGUUGGAGAUAGACUUCUUAUGGUGAAUAAUUACAGUUUAGAAGAAGUUACCCAUGAAGAGGCAGUAGCGAUACUGAAGAACACAUCAGAUGUAGUGUAUCUGAAAGUUGGAAAGCCCACUACCAUUUACAUGACUGAUCCAUAUGGCCCACCAGAUAUUACUCACUCUUACUCUCCACCAAUGGAAAAUCAUAUACUCUCUUCCGGAAACAAUGGCACUUUAGAGUACAAGGCAUCCCUGGCCCCUAUCUCACCAGGAAGAUACUCACCCAUUCCAAAGCACAUGCUUGUGGAGGACGACUACACCAGGCCUCCUGAACCUGUUUACAGCACUGUGAACAAACUGUGUGAUAAACCACCUUCUCCUAGGCACUAUUCCCCUGUCGAGUGUGACAAAAGCUUCCUUCUUACAGCUCCCUAUCCCCACUACCACGUAGGCCUGCUCCCUGACUCUGAGAUCACCAGUCAUUCCCAGCACAGCACUGCAACGCGUCCACCCACAGUGAGCUUGCAGCGGACCAUUUCUGUGGAAGGAGAGCCUCGAAAAAUCAUCCUGCACAAGGGCUCCACAGGACUUGGUUUUAACAUAGUGGGAGGAGAAGACGGGGAAGGCAUUUUCGUGUCUUUCAUCCUAGCAGGCGGGCCUGCCGAUCUCAGCGGAGAACUGCAGCGAGGGGAUCAGAUCUUGUCUGUGAACGGUAUUGAUCUUCGAGGUGCUACCCAUGAGCAGGCUGCAGCUGCGCUGAAGGGAGCAGGGCAGACGGUAACAAUCAUAGCACAAUACCAGCCGGAGGAGUACGCUCGGUUUGAGGCAAAAAUCCAUGACCUGCGUGAGCAGAUGAUGAAUCACAGCAUGAGUUCUGGGUCCGGCUCCCUGAGGACUAAUCAGAAGAGGUCACUGUAUGUCAGAGCCAUGUUUGACUAUGACAAGAGCAAAGACAGUGGCCUCCCAAGCCAAGGACUCAGCUUUAAGUAUGGAGACAUCCUUCAUGUCAUCAAUGCCUCGGACGAUGAAUGGUGGCAGGCGAGGAGGGUCACUCUGGAGGGAGACAGCGAGGAGAUGGGAGUUAUACCCAGCAAGAGGAGAGUUGAAAGAAAGGAGCGUGCACGUUUGAAGACGGUGAAAUUCAACGCAAAACCUGGUGUAAUUGAUGCAAAAGGGUCAUUCAAUGACAAGCGUAAAAAGAACUUCAUCUUUUCACGAAAAUUCCCAUUCUACAAGAGCAAGGAGCAGAGUGAGCAGGAAACAAGUGAUCCAGAACAACAUGUUUCUUCUAAUGCCAGCGAUAGUGAAAGUAGCUACAGAGGCCAAGAAGACCUCAUCCUUUCUUAUGAACCUGUCACAAGACAGGAAAUUAAUUACACCAGGCCGGUGAUUAUCCUGGGUCCUAUGAAAGAUCGGAUCAAUGAUGAUUUGAUAUCUGAAUUCCCUGAUAAGUUUGGGUCGUGCGUACCACAUACCACACGGCCAAAGCGUGACUAUGAAGUGGAUGGGAGAGAUUAUCAUUUUGUCAUUUCAAGAGAACAAAUGGAAAAAGAUAUCCAAGAGCACAAAUUUAUAGAAGCUGGGCAGUACAAUGAUAAUUUAUAUGGAACUAGUGUCCAGUCUGUGAGAUUCGUGGCAGAAAGGGGCAAGCACUGUAUACUCGAUGUGUCAGGAAACGCUAUCAAACGACUACAAGUUGCACAACUCUAUCCCAUCGCUAUCUUCAUUAAGCCUAAAUCCUGGGAGCCUCUGAUGGAAAUGAAUAAACGUCUGACAGAGGAGCAAGCGAAGAAAACUUACGAUCGAGCAAUUAAAUUAGAACAAGAAUUUGGAGAAUAUUUUACAGCUAUUGUCCAAGGAGAUAGCUUAGAAGAUAUAUAUAAUCAAUGCAAACUUGUAAUUGAAGAACAAUCUGGGCCUUUCAUCUGGAUUCCUUCAAAGGAAAAAUUAUAAAUUAGCCACUGCACCUCUGAUUAUGACGGGAGAAUAUUUAGAAGAAAACUAUAAUAUACUAUUUGGAGGCUUUCCUGUUUUUGUUGCAUUUAUGUUCUUUGCAGUCAAUGUGAAUUUUGAUGAAUGUACAACACAAAGUGUUUGAAGCCAUGAAGGACACUGAUGGGUCAAAGGGUAGGAACAAAAAGACUUCUACCACAAAAAGCAAAUCUGUUGUGUGCUCAGAGCACCAGUUGUAGGUAUAAACUUCUGACAUGGAGACCCUCUGUCAAGGGGAGCUAGCCACCUCCUGUGCCCAUGCGGACAUCCUGAUCAAUUCCAAUGGCUGAGCUCAGUGUGUUGAUUGCUUUAAAGAGAAGCUCCCAGCUCUUGAACCUCAUAUAGGGCUUGAUCCUGCAAGGCGCUCAGCACUUGACCCCAAUCCUUACACAUGAGUAGCCUGUUGACUUGGAGUCACUUGUGAUCCUUCCCUGUGCCGUUCAGUCCCAUCAGUUCCAGUAGGACUAUUCAUGUGCUCAAAGCUAAGCACAGGCUUAAGCAUUUUGCUAGAUCAGGGCCACAUGCACCUUGCAAAAUCAAGCUCAGAGGACCUGGUCCACUUCCUACUGAAGUCACUGGUAGAACACUCUUUGACUUGACUAGGAGGUGAGUCCUAUCCUAGGCUUGUCAUUGCACAUUUGUAGUUGGUACACCUCGACUUUGGUAACUAUGCACAUGUUUUGAGUUUUGAAACCAAGUCAAGCAUUUCUUUUUUUCCCCCUUUGGAAACACUAUUGCAUCAGGAACUAAUUACAAUAUAGUUUAAUGGAGUUUGAGGGUGGGAGAGGAUGGAAGCAUUUCGUAUCACACACACGUGCACACAAACACAUUCCCAUGUGGACACACACAUGUAUGAGGAUUCACAGCACCUAUGUUGACAAGGAGGGAUACAACUGGGAAAAGCUUUAAAAUUUUUGAUUGUCUAUUUUAUCAUUUAUAUUGAUAGAAGGCACUUAAAGAUGGAAUAAUUUAUAAAAAUAAAAAUAUAUUGAUGUAUAGAAAC